CGUCGAGUAUUCGCGCCCUAGGCCGUCUAAAGCCUCUGCUGCUGAGCAUUACCAUUCAGGGACCGUCCAAGACGUCGGGAAAAUACGAUGAGUCUGAAAGAGAAAAACAAUUUCAUGAUAAUCAGUCCGCAGGUAAGGUUGCUGCUACUUCUGUUUAAAUUAAAUUUGUAUUUUCCCCUCAAAAAUUUUGUGUGAUUUAAAGUUCCCGCCUAAGAUUGGUGUUACGGGACGACAUCUGUUUGAUGAAAUGCCCCACAGAGUUUAGACUAGGUGGCUUCUUAGCUUGAAUUUUACUGCUAAUCGAUUCAUGUUGUUCGUGGGUAGUUCUUUUUAUCUGGUUCUUGUCUCAUUUUGCUCUUAUGUUUAUAGAAAUGUAGAAAUUGAUUCAGAGAUUUGCAGGCAGAGCUUUUAUUGUGCAAAACUGAAACAUAAUUGGAAGUGAAUGAUAUUGUCUUACUGAGAAAGAGUGCUGCCAAUACAAUGGGAAGCAAAACUUUGUUUAAAUGGUCGCAAAUCACUACUUCCCAAGUUGAGCAGCUGAUAAAAGCUGAAAAGGACAUACAGAAAGCUAUUCUCAUAUUUGAUUCCGCAACAGCCGAGUACACCAAUGGCUUCCGGCAUGAUCACACCACCUUUGGUCUCAUGGUCGCUAGGUUAGUCUCCGCGAACCAGUUCAGGUCAGCCGAGGCGUUACUUGAUAAGAUGAAGGAGGAGAAAUGUAGUGUUACAGAAGAUAUAUUCCUCUCUGUUUGCAGAGGAUAUGGCCGCGUUCACAGGCCACUGGAUGCUGUCAGGGUCUUCCACAAAAUGGAGGACUUCCAGUGCAAACCAACCCAGAAAUCUUACAUUACCAUACUUGGCAUUCUUGUUGAAGAAAACCAGUUAAAGAUUGCUUUCAGGUUCUACAAGUAUAUGAGAGAAACAGGCAUUCCAGCUAGCGUUGUGUCGCUUAAUAUUUUGAUCAAAGCCCUUUGUAAGAACAGUAGUUCCAUGGAUGCAGCUCUUCGAAUAUUUCGUGAGAUGCCCAAUCAUGGGUGCACCCCAGAUUCAUAUACAUAUGGUACUUUGAUUAAUGGAUUGUGUAAGUUAGGAAAGAUUGGUGAAGCAAAAGAGCUCUUCAAUGAAAUGGAAACAAAAGGUUGUUUGCCCUCUGUUGUUACGUAUACUUCCUUGAUACACGGCUUUUGCCAAUCCAACAAUUUGGAUGAAGCUGUGGGGUUGUUUGAACACAUGAAAACCCAAGGUAUUACUCCAAAUGUCUUUACUUACAGCUCUUUGAUGGAUGGACUUUGCAAGGGUGGGCGUUCUUCACAAGCAAUGGAACUAUUAGACUUAAUGAUUCGUAAGCGCCAUAGGCCAAACAAUAUCACUUAUAGUACUUUGCUUCAUGGACUCUGUGAAGAAGGAAAGCUUCAAGAAGCUUUGGAGAUUCUAGAUAGGAUGAAGCUUCAAGGCUUGAAACCAGAUGCAGGGCUGUAUGGGAAGGUAAUUAAUGGCUUUUGUAACAUUUGCAAGUUCCAGGAAGCUGCAAACUUUCUUGAUGAGAUGGUCCUUGGAGGAGUUUCACCUAACAGACUAACUUGGAGCCUUCAUGUAAGGAUUCAUAAUGCAGUGGUCCAGGGCUUGUGUAGUAGCGGCAAUCCAAAUCGAGCUUGUCAGCUGUAUCUUAGCAUGCGUUCCAGGGGUAUCUCCAUAGAUAUGAAGACAUUUGAUACUCUAGUGAAGUGUAUCUGUAAAAAAGGGGACCUGCACAAAGCUUAUCGAAUUGUUGAUGAGAUGGUGCUUGAUGGAUGUGUUCCGGAUGAGGGAAUAUGGAGUUCCAUGGUGGAUGGAUUUUGGAAUCGCAGGAAGGUGCGUGAACCUGCUGAGUUGUUGCAGGCUGAGCUGAUGAGCGAAAUGGUUGAGCCUGAAACAUAAAUCUGAAAGUUUUGAGCUAACAGGGGGAACCCAAUUCCGUGGCGCUUGGUUGGAAACACAACAAACAACAUACUGCAAAUGACACCAAUGCCAACUGGCAAUGCUGUGAGAAUCUCCUGAGCCUUAUCCG